AUGUAUUUUUUGACUUUUGGUUUACUAUGUCCAGGGUGUAAUUUAAAAUUAGUAAAUGUGCUUUUCCUCUUUUAUGCAGGACCAGUGGCUGUAGGACAGUUCCAUCGGUCAUUCCGGCGUGAUAGUCUGUCUCCUUACUCCUACGUAUCAACUUCAUCCCACAACCACAGUACCUUUCCUCUGAAAGGUUUAGAUCGGACCCCGAUUCCUCCUAGAACAUGGCAGAACUCCCUUGGAAUGCACCCAGGACAAGUAGAAACGUCUCCCACUUUUUCAGAUAAAGGGGUUCCAUUUCCUGUCCUGCAGAGGUUUCCAACUGAAGUUACCUAUACUCUGCAGCCCAGCGCCACAUCCGUACAUGUUCAGCAAGGCCCUCAAACAAUGGUCAACUCCUCCCAAAAAUAUAGUAACUACACACCCUCAGCACAGUACUCCCAAGCCUACUAUCCAACAGCUGUAUUACAGUGCUGCUCUCCUUCUACCCACAUGGACGCUCUCAGCAGUUGUGUCACUCCCACUGCCUCUACCUAUGCACACUGCAACUACUUCCAGAAUCCUCCAAUGCCAUCCUCCUAUCCAGUUGAGUUUCUGCCUUCUAAUUGGCCUUGUGGUACUGCUGAUGAAAAUAAAAAGACAGAAGUAAACCUAGAGGCUGUUUUUCGGAUCUUAGAUGAAUUGCAUUCCUCCCCUAAAUUGGAGAUGGUAAAGGUGGAGCCUGUUGAGAAUCAGUGCCCAACAUCUCAGUCUAACAGAGGCCAACAUAUCCUAGCCAAUUCAAGCAAUAACAAUCCAUCUUCCACAAGUCAGGCUAGCCAGCUGGAGCCACUUACUCCUGUAGGUUCAGAUAUUACAUCUUUUGUGGUCGGAUCAGAACAAGCAAUGACCUGCUCUCUACCACAGUCACCUGAGUACAUGUAUGCCAUCCACACAGCUCAGCCUGUUGAAAAUACUACAAUGCAGGAAUCUGCAGCCAUCCAACAAGCUCAUGUCAAACUGAAGGAGCAUCUAAGUCAUAAUCCAUCUCCACCUUCAGUAGUAUUUGUGCAGGAAGGGCUACCGUUCAGCCCACACCAGGUGGAUGCCAGUAUAAAAUGCCAGACCAAUCCACCUGAGAAUAUCUUGCCUUCAGAACAGAUGGGAUUCCUUAUUUCAGAGAUGGGGCCUGCUAGCAAGCCUAGUAAAGACACAGAUUUAUCCACUCCAGUCAGAUACAGGGAGCGAAGAAGCAGCUCACAGCAAGGAAAGUCCCCUGAUCUUCAUCUGCUGGUGGAUGUGGCCUGCAAGCAAGAGCACUUUCCAAAGGAGGAAGAAUUAAAAGAGUGAGGCAUGGAUGACACGUGACAUUGUGCACUAGCUGUAGCUGGAAGCAGACUAGCCUUGCACGUGACACACUGUUGGGAUUUUUUCAGUUCUGUUAAGGAAAAAUAUAUUUAUGUUUUGUUAAUUGAGAAUUUGGUUAAUUGGAAAUUUGGUAUUUAUUACAACUGUUCAGUUCAGAUUAUUUACCUUGACAAACUACUAAACAUCUAGCAGCCAUUUUUUUGUUUGUUUUUUGCUGCUCGGAUCCCUUUCAAUGAAAAGUCCUGGCCUUCUGUUACAAUCAAGAAGCAUCUAAAAACUGCUGCAUCUAUGGUACUGGAGGAUAAUGUGUGUGUGGAUGUGUGCUGGUUUGUUAUCUUGCCCCUCUCAAAUUAUGAUCAGCACAACUCCAGUGGGGACUUCAUUCUAUCUGUUUCACGUCACAGUGUGAUUCUUUUAGAGACGUUUGUGUGAGACACAAAGGCAUGUAAGGUCACCAAGACCGCGGGUCUAAAUGGUUCAGGAAUUCCAGGGAAGAAACUCUGGGAAAGAGCUGAUUUUCUAAGUGAUUAACUAGGAAAUGCUCUUAACUUUCUAACCCAGCAUUCUGUUUCAAGAGCAAGGCAUCCGGACUUGGACCAUCCAUCACACUUAACAGCUUCUAAUUAUUUUAUAUUUAUGGGAGCAUUCUUCUAUUUUCAUAUCUUUCUUUAAUUUUAAAUGGUACAUUAUUAUAAAUGAUAAGGUUUUGUUAAUAUAUCACUUAUUUAAAUGUCUCCUAAAGAAAAGUAUUCAUCUGGUUUAAUAUAUUUAUAAAUGCUGGUAGAUUUUUAAUGUUUUAAAGCUUUAUAUUUUUAUUAAUAUUUCAAGAUAGAAGGAUAAAGGAUGCAUGUGUAAUAUUUUUACUUUGAGGGGAAAAUGUGCAAUGUGCGCACAAAAACAUUAAGAGAUUUAACACAGUGCUUUCUUAUUUUAGAUUUUUUUACAUCCUGUAAGUAUAAAUUAUCAUCUAUAUAAGAUAUUGUUUGCAAAUUUUGGGAGAAACUGAUUAGAAGUCAGUUAAUAGAAGCUUUACUGCUGAUAUUUUUAAUAGUUUGUUUGUUUUAAGCUUCUGAGAGAAUUUUGGAUAGUGGGAUAUAUUAUAACAUUUUUAUCUUGUCCCCUCUGUAGGAUUCUAGAUUCGAGUAGGAUUGUGGGACUGGUUUUUAAUAGACUAGGUAUCUUGGUUGUCCACUUUCUGUGUUUGAUCCCACAAUUGUUCAUCCAAGGACAGCAGGAAACUCUGAUUUAACGUCUUUGAAAUUCACUAGAACUUUCUUACUGAAUUCUGCUUUAGUUUUCCUAAUAAGCACUGCAGAAACAAAAGGAAAGGCUAGGAAUAUGAAAGUAAUUAAAAAGAAAACGCACUUGGUGAUAUGAUAAGAGUACUGUGUUAACAUUGUGGGUAUAACAAUUCAUUAAAUUGCAUUGUGCCUUCCCAAUGAUGUCAAACCCUAGAAGUGUUACAGAGAUAGUAGGUUUUUGUUUGUGUUUUUUAGAGGAUGAGCUCUGUAUGGUGACUCAGUUUGCUAUGAAAAUAGGUUCUGAAAAGUAAUCUAUUUGGUCCAUCUGAUUCUAUAAGUUGAUAUCUAUGUAAUGGGCAUUUAUUCAACUUUAUUAGCAAGGUUUAAAAGAUGAACAGAUUAUCAAGACUCCUACAUCUUUUGGCCAGACUCUGUCUUUUGGCAGAGUAUGUGAAGAGGAGACCCAAUUUCUAAAUGAAGGAAGUUUACUUUUUCUCUGUCAUGUUGAAAAGCCAAUAUACCGUGGUGAUAUUUCUUCCCUUAAAUAUGCCUUUCUUACCUUUGUAUAUGUUGAAGGAAAUAAUAUCUUUUGAGGAACAUGUGUCAAGUAGGAACCUUGGCAUGGAUUUGGUUUCAGUGGUUUUAAGGCUUAAUAAAAUGAAAUGUUUUUAUCAGCUUUCCAAACUUUUUUCUGUAUAUGAAUACAACAGACCAAGGAGCUAGAUCUCCCACUGUUCUCAUAUGCCUACUGCCUAUCAACUAAAGCUAUUAUCACAGACUUCGGUAAAAUGGAAAAAGAUAAAAUAAAAUCUUUGUGUGAAUUAGGCAGUAGGGUCUGGCACAUACUAAAAAGGUUCCUGACUAGCACCUCAGUGUUUCAGCACCUUUAGCAUGAUAAAUUUCAAUCAGUCAACAAUAAAGUGAGUGUUUCAACU